CAGACUGCAGAUGAGAGAGUCUGGAGCAGAGACAGUUUUAACUUAGCCAUUCCUAAUUUAUCUCAAGCGUUUUCAAUUCAUCUUCACUGCUCUGUGCACACAGGAACACCAGAUUGCCAUCCCUGGGGAACAGAAUGCAACCGGGGAUCUAGAGAGCUGUCACAUUCCAAGAAAUAUUUAAAUUGUGCUGGUUUUCUUCUGGAGAGCUGAGCCCAGGGAGUGAAACUCUCCAUCCAGUCGUAGGUUUGCGGGCAAUAGAUCAGAGGAUAUUGCCAGGUUCCUAAUGGAUUAUUGUUAUCGGGCAGGUUUUCUCUGAAGGGAUUGGAAAUCAGCCAGAUCAGUUGCGGGCACAAGGCCGCUUUGGAUCUGUCCUUUCAAACUGCAACUCGACAGAAUGCUACAGCAAGGUUGAGUAUUACUCCAUUCUGGGUGACAGCUUAUACAGGACAGAUUAUGACAGCUUCUUCCUUAAGGAGAAGAUGCUUAAAUUUCAUCAAAUGAAGUAUAUUUUUCAAAUACUGGAUAAAAUGAGAUGCUUGCGAAAACGUUCUACAGUAUCAUUCUUGGGAGUUCUUGUCGUUUUCCUUCUAUUCAUGAACUUGUACAUUGAAGACAGCUAUGUUCUUGAAGGUGACAAGCAACUCAUAAGGGAAACAUCCACCCAUCAACUUAAUUCUGAACGUUAUGUUCAUACCUUCAAGGAUCUAUCUAACUUCUCAGGAACCAUAAAUGUCACCUAUCGCUACCUAGCCACCACACCUUUACAGAGAAAGCGAUAUCUCACAAUUGGACUUUCAUCAGUGAAACGAAAGAAAGGAAAUUACUUACUUGAGACAAUCAAGUCCAUUUUUGAACAGUCCAGCUAUGAAGAGCUAAAGGAAAUUUCAGUAGUAGUGCACCUAGCAGACUUUAAUUCAUCCUGGCGUGAUGCCAUGGUCCAAGAGAUUACACAGAAAUUUGCCCAUCAUAUUAUUGCGGGAAGAUUAAUGGUUAUUCACGCUCCUGAGCAAUAUUAUCCAGUUCUGGAUGGUCUGAAAAGAAAUUACAAUGACCCAGAGGAUAGGGUCAGAUUCCGCUCCAAGCAAAAUGUCGAUUAUGCCUUUCUGCUGAAUUUCUGUGCCAAUACUUCUGACUAUUAUGUAAUGCUUGAAGACGAUGUUCGGUGUUCUAGAAAUUUUUUAACUGCCAUUAAGAAAGUCAUUGCGUCCUUAGAAGGAACAUACUGGGUAACUCUUGAAUUCUCCAAACUUGGCUACAUUGGUAAACUCUAUCAUUCACAUGAUCUCCCACGUCUGGCUCACUUUUUAUUAAUGUUUUAUCAAGAAAUGCCUUGUGAUUGGCUUUUGACACAUUUCAGAGGGCUGCUGGCUCAGAAAAAUGUGAUCCGAUUUAAACCAUCUCUCUUUCAGCACAUGGGCUACUAUUCAUCCUAUAAAGGAACUGAAAAUAAACUGAAGGAUGAUGACUUUGAAGAGGAGUCAUUUGACAUCCCUGAUAAUCCCCCAGCAAGUUUCUACACCAACAUGAACGUCUUUGAGAACUACGAAGCAAGCAAGGCCUACAGUAGUGUUGAUGAGUACUUUUGGGGCAAGUCACCAUCAGCAGGAGAUACCUUUGUUAUUGUAUUUGAAAACCCAAUUACAAUUAAAAAAAUUAAAGUGAAUACUGGAACAGAAGAUAGGCAGAAUGACAUUUUGCAUCAUGGAGCUCUGGACGUAGGAGAAAAACUUAUAUUUAGCAAACAAAUCAGACAAUGUAAUACUUACUUAAGACUAGGGGAAUUCAAAAAUGGAAACUUUGAAAUGUCAGACGUAAACCAGAAAAUUCCAUUUGACAUACACUGCAUGAGGAUAUGUGUCACCAAAACACAAAAAGAAUGGCUGAUAAUUAGGAGUAUCAGCAUUUGGACUUCCUAGUCGAAUAAAUAAGUACACCAAGUUUCUGAGCAGGUCUUCCUGUUUCAGCUUUUGCUAACUUUCCCUUUUGCUACUUCCGUCUUUUGGAGGGCAACAAUUGAUGUGAUGUGCCACAAGAAAAACAAAUUGUCUCAGCAGUUUUGAUUGUAGUUUUACUAAACACACCUUUGUAUUCUUUAU